AUGCUGCUAUCAGUUGAAGUAACUGGCUUGGUUUCUGCCCGCUCUUGCCUGUGGCGAACCAGCUGGAAUCAACCUUUGGUUGAUCCUCAUGAGAACUAUGUGAAUCCUUGUUUUCUCAUGGUGGCGAUUUCUGGCUGGAAUCUAUUUAUAGGAGCGUGUUGUUUGUGGCAAAUUAUCAGUUUGUGCUUUAACAACAAGUUUGGCAACAAUCGUAUUCGGUUCUCGUUCGGUAAUCCAUUUCUGAAACAAAGUGUGGGUUUUAUUCAAUUGUUCAAACUUUUUCUUGUUGGUUUGCAAUUUUUCGGACUCUUCCUUCUUUUUCUCAGUUCCGGAAAAUCAAGUGAAAAGAAUCGUCAAUUGGCCAUCCAGGCCGCAGUGCUCGUGCUCACGGUGUUCCCCUUGCAUGUAGUGGAAUCAACCAGAACAGUGGUGGCUAAUACACCUCUUCUUUUCUACUGGUUGGUAUCGUCUGUGUUUGCCAUAGUUGUGUCAAUUGUCGAUGCUACUUCUCCCUACAAGGUCUACGAUUCUCCGUCAGGACUGGCUUUGGGAAUUGAGGUUUGCAUGCUAGUCAAUUCAAUACUCAUAUUGUAUUUGGAACACGCCUGGUAUUCUCCUGCGCGGGAGCUCGUCGACUACUUUGAUCUCAAUGAAUGGGAUAUUAAAAGAGUUUACAACUGGUUCGAUGAUGUCACCUUCUGGUGGAUGGAUCCUGUGAUCAAAAAGGUCUACAAAUCUGAUCACUUGGAAUAUGAAGACUUACCUCCAGCAAUUGCAAAUCUUGAAGUCGAUCAUGUCCAUGCUACUUUUUCCAAAAAUUGGAACUCAGCUGUUGAAUCGGCAAAGCGCAGACACAAAGGAAAAGAUGAGAAAGACCUUUACGUUUCCUUGUACUGGUCAAUAUUGAAGUCUGAUUGGGUCCGAAUCACUCGUGGCUUGUUCUGGAAUAUGAUGGAAUUCAGUCUCCUGUUUGUCCAACCAUUCUUACUUCAACAGUUUCUAAUCUUUUACACUAACUAUUUGUCCGCCAAAAAGAAUCAUGUUCCCGGUCCACCUGUCAUUCAGGGUGCUUUUUAUGCAUUUCUGAUCUUUUUGGCAUCCACUGGUAGGUUCAUCAGUUUCAACCGAUUCCUUUGCAACAUUUUCUUAUCAAAUUUGGUGGUUCGUACUGAACUUUCCACCAAAAUCUACGAAAAGGCUAUGAGGCUUUCCCCAGAAGCACGUAAGGGAAAAACAACUGGUGAUAUCGUCAAUAAUAUGUCUGUCGAUGUUUCAAAUCUUGAAUCAAUUAACUUCACCAUGAUUGAAAUAUUAACAGAUCCACUUAGAUUGAUUAUUUGUCUUGUUUCCUUAUACAAAGUGUUGGGCAAUGCUACAUGGUUUGGUUUUGGGGUGUCAGUAAUCUUGAUGCCUCUUUGCACUUGGGUAAAUUCUAAGUUGUACUGGUACUACAAUAGGAAUAUGGAAUACAAGGAUGAAAGAACUCGUUUGACAACUGAUAUAUUCAACUCAAUCAAGAGUAUCAAGCUUUACUCGUGGGAGAAGCCCAUGAUAGAGAGAAUGAAUGAGGUCAGAAACAACAAGGAAUUGAGCCUUCUUCAACAAUCUGGUAUGUUGGAGGCAUUUAUUCAGCUUCUCUGGCGUUGUAUUCCGUUCUUUAUUACAUGUAUUUGCUUGAUAUCUUUUGCGUUGGUCUUUCAUGGAACUUUGUACCCAAGUGUCAUCUUCCCAGCAUUGGCGCUUCUUCAACUUUUGUCGGGACCCAUCCUGGAGCUCCCAGAGUCAGUGUCUCAUUUGAUUGAGGCGAACGUUUCCAAUCGAAGACUCAGUGAGUUAUUCCUUUUGCAAGAAUUGGACACUUCUGAAGUUCACAGAAGCCACAAAAAACUCAAGGCUAACGAUGUGGCAUUGACAAUCAAGGAUGCCACUUUUGUUUGGGACUCGGUCAGAGAUAACAAAACCGAUCAAGAAUCGCCUAUUGCGCUUAAGGAUAUCAAUUUUGAAGCAAGAAAGGGUGAGCUCAGUUGUAUUGUGGGUAAUGUGGGCUCAGGUAAGUCAACGUUCCUCAAAGCUAUAAUUGGUGAAAUCAAAAUGAGACCUGAUCCCAGAUCCUUCGUUGAAUCGAACGGAUCAAUAGCUUACUGCUCUCAAAACCCGUGGAUUUUGAAUGGAACUAUAAGGGAAAACAUUCUUUUUGGUUCAAAGUAUGACAAGGAAUUUUACCAGCAGACUUUGGAAGCAUGCCAGUUACUUCCUGACUUGAAAAUAUUGGCUGAUGGUGACCAUACUACUGUUGGAGAAAAAGGAAUUUCCCUUUCUGGAGGACAAAAAGCUCGAGUAUCAUUAGCUAGAGCUGUUUAUUCAAGAGCCGAAAUCUAUCUUUUUGACGAUAUUUUAUCUGCUGUGGACGCCCAUGUUGGAAAAAACAUUAUAAAGAAAGUGCUCUCUGGGACUGGUUUGUUGAGCUCGCGGACGUUGAUUCUUGCCACAAAUAAUGUGAAUGUCUUAAAACACUCAGACCAGAUCCUUCUUCUUGAGGGAGGGAAAAUUGUCGAGAGAGGCGUAUAUCAAAGCAUUAUGUCUACUGAUUCCGAGUUGUCACGUUUGAUCAAAGACUUUUCAAGGGAAAAUGAACGGGAAGAAGGCGAUGAUACUUCAGAAUUACCAACUCCUGUUAUUGAUUCAGGUGUACAAACUCCUGUUGUCGAAGACGGAGAGCAGAUCACUUCCAAAAUUGAUCUUACGACAGCUGUCGCAAGAAGACAGUCCCUUGGUGCUGCAUCUGCUGUCUCGUUUGACCAUGAGUAUGGCGACGAGUUUGACGAUCUAGAUGAAGAGUACAGGAAAACAAAGCAAGCCGAGGAAAAGAGUGCUAAAGGCAAAGUGAAUUUCAAAGUGUAUCUCGAAUAUUUCAGAGCCUGUCAUUUUGGUUUCAUAUUCGUGUACAUUCUCUUCUACACCAUCAUGGUUGCAUCAGAAGUUGGAAUGAACUACCUCUUGAAAUACUGGUCCGAUACGAACCUUGAAGAAGGACACAAUGUUGAUACUGUUUUCUAUGUGACAUCCUACACUAUAAUCGGUCUUACCGGUUCCUUCUUCUAUUUCCUUGGUUCGUUGGUAAUCUGGAAAUACAGUGCCAUUGAAGGUUCAAAAUACUUCCAUGAUAAGAUGUUCAAAAAUGUUUUGAGAUCACCCAUGUCAUUCUUUGAGACCACUCCAAUCGGCAGAAUAUUGAACAGAUUCACUGAAGAUAUCACGACCAUUGAUCAAGUCAUUAUGUGGCAAUGCGUUCUGCUUGUUGAUCUUGGAAUGCAUACUAUGGCCUUGUUCGGGGUCAUUAUCGUUAACUUGCCCAUCAUGAUUCUUGUCAUUGUAGUGCUUGCAGUGAUCUACAAUAGCUACAGAAGCUUCUUCAUACCGGCAGCGCGGGAGAUGAAAAGACUCCGUAGUGUGUUCCGAAGCCCUAUUCUUUCAAACUUACAGGAAUCCGUACAUGGAUUGGAAACUAUCCGUGCUUUUGGAGAAACAGACAGAUUCAGUCACAAAAAUACCAUGAUUUUGAAGAAGUUUAAUGUUGCAGCAUAUUCAGACGUUUCGAUUAAACGGUGGUUGUCUAUGAGAAUCAAUGGUAUCUCAGCAACUGUCCUCUUUUUCACGUCUGCAUUCAUUGUUACUAUCCUUUUCCGUGAUCCAUUCACCCCAGCCUUAGUCGGUUUUGUCAUGACCUACGCCAUGAACAUUACCUACACUAUAAGUGCUAUCAUCAGGGUUUGGGCUGAACUUGAAACGAGGUCAAUUGCGUUGGAGCGUUUGUUGGAAUAUUGCAGAAUUCCAACCGAAGCUGCCAUGGAAAUUGAGGAAACAAGACCUCCAAUUUCCUGGCCACAGAAAGGUGGUAUAAAAUUUGUGAACUACAGUACCAGGUACAGAGAAAACUUGGAUCCGGUAUUAAAAAAUAUAUCGGUUGACAUUGCCCCACAAGAAAAAGUGGGCAUUGUGGGUCGUACUGGAGCUGGUAAAUCGAGUUUAACUUUGGCACUUUUCCGCAUCAUCGAAGCAACUGAGGGCCAUAUUGAGAUUGACGGCGUGAACACAAGUGAGUUGGGUCUUUUCGACUUGAGACGGCAUUUGAGUAUUAUACCUCAGGACUCACAAACAAUCGAAGGAACAGUGCGCCAGAAUUUGGAUCCUUUCAGUCAGUAUUCUGAUACUCAGCUCUGGCGAGUGCUUGAAUUGGCACACUUGAAGGCCCAUGUAGAGCAGAUGGAAACAAAGCCUAAGGAGAAUAAAGAAGAGGACGAAAAGAAAAAGGUUAAAGACGGUGAAUCGGAGGUGGUAGCUAAAGGGCUUGAUGCUGUUGUUGAUGAAGGAGGUUCCAAUUUGUCUGCGGGACAGAAACAAUUGUUGUGUUUGGCAAGAGCGUUAUUGAACCCAUCUUCGAUUCUCGUAUUAGAUGAAGCAACUGCUUCGGUUGAUGUCAGAACUGACAAAAUCAUUCAAGAGACAAUUCGCACAGAAUUCAAGGAUAGAACCAUUCUUACAGUUGCUCAUAGACUUGAGACCAUCGUGGAUAGUGACAAGAUUAUGGUAUUGGACAAAGGUGAGCUCAAAGAAUUUGGAGCGCCACAAGAGUUGUUGAAGAAUGAGGAGGGAAUUUUCUACCUGUUGUGCAAGGAGGGUGGGCACAUGUAG